GUUAUGGGAGUGUAAGGAUAAGGUUUAUUUAGGUUUUUAGGUCUACAAGGUUUAUUACUAUAUAAUUUAAAAUAUUUGUAUAUUGAACAGUGAAGAUUAUGUAAGGUGUGGUUUGUAUGUUAGUUCUUAAACAUAAGGCAUGUGUUAUUUGGAGGGUAUUUUAUUGUUGUGUUGACUGUUGAGUGUUCACUUGUAUGACUUGCCCAUUUUGAGUUAUAUAAUGACCUACACAGUUUCAAGUGCUCUUCAUAUUCUAUCACUGGUUAGAAAGAGGAAACUUAUGUUUCAAAGUUUCUGGGAAUGCCAGAGAUUAGGUAAACACUAAGACCCUUUGAAGAAAGGGUAGGAGCAACUUGAAAUCUCAAAGAACCUGUUUGUAAGACUUCGGAAUAAAGAUUCUUUUGUUGUUGCUAUGAAUAAAAGUUGACGCUUAGGGAAACGGUUUUAGGUUUCAACAGCUAGCCCUCCCGUUUCAUUCAUUAGUAUGUGGUGGACAUAAUAUAUAACAACAGUUGGGACAAUAGGGUUGAGAAAUGGCCGGUGUUUUGAGCAAAAACAAGUUAUUUGUAUCUUUGGUAUGGUGUAUCAGGUGUGUUUGUUGUUGGGUUCAACAGGUUUACUUGUCUGGCUCAUUGUUUGUGAAGUAUAUUAACUUGGAGAGGAAUAUUAAGCGCUUGUGUGGCAAGGAUAAGAGUACACAGGCAGCGUAACUCAAAUUGUUGGAUAUUUAGUUGUAAUUCAUGGAAUAGGAGCAGCUUACAUACUGGUGUUUUAACAGAAAUCAUUAGAUUAAGCAAUAUAGUUUAAACUUUAUUUUAUCAUUAAUUGAUAAACAGCACAAGCUUUUUACAAAUAUUAGUUAACUUUUAUCAGGUUGUUAAAACUGUUUAUUAAUUUGAUACUUACAUAAAACAGGUUAAUUCGUAUACUGUUGGUAUAUAUUUAUAUUAGUAUUCUGACUUUGAAGAAAGGAUUUAGAAACAACACAAAACCAACCAGCGCUGUGUAAAAUAAACUUCAUUUCAGUAAAGUAGAAAAACCAUAAGAGAACAUGAGAGGGUACUUGAGAAGUCCGGGGCACAUGUAUUACCUCGACACAGAUGUCACCUCAGUGGGUAGAGGAUCAGGAUUAAAACCUCCGGAUCAGCUGAAGAAUGUGGGAGCACACAUCCCGUUAGGGUCUGGGAAAGUUGAACAUUUUCACGCAGUGGUGGAAAAGCGAGCACAAGAGAAUUGUUUUAUACUGGUUGAUAUGAACACGGCGUAUGGGACGUAUGUUAACGAACAUAGGAUACAGAAUGGAGCUGUGAGGUUGGCACCAGGGGAUGUGGUGAGGUUCGGACAUGGAGGAAUUCCUCACGAGUUUAAUCUUGUGAUGGAGGAUAAAGAUGAAGAUGGGAAGAACUCGAGUAGAACUAGCUCCGCCUCAGGAAAAAAGAAGCAGAUAGAAUCUGGGUAUUUUGACACAUCACGGUCACAUAUUGCUCGAAAUCAAUCGGCGCAUAGUCCGAGUUCACCUCUGCCAUUUAACAUAAACUUAAGGCCAGAUACAGCCCCAACAACCCCCAGGGUCGUGACCCCACCAUUAUCAAAACUCGUGCUCAGUGAACGAUCAAAAUCUGUUCCUCUCAACCUGAAGAUGGCGGGACCAGGAAGAUCAAGUCAGGAGGAGAAGCAAGAAGCUUGGAGAAGCUCGGAGAGUGAGGAGUACGGAGACAGGAGUGAGAACAAACAAACGAGUGAAAAGGAAGCAGAUUCUGAUCCAUGGUAUGUGUCCAUGUUAAGAGAGAAGGAACAACGACUUCUUCACAUGGGAGAUGAGAUCAUGAGGUUGAGUGUAUUGGAGGGUGAAUGUAAGAGGAAAGAUGGCGUGAUCAGUGAAUUACGAGGGAAGUUGAAUCACUCGGAACAAUCGUUAAUGGAAAUGAAAAGCAAUUCCAAUGUUGCUGAGAAAGAUCGUAAGUUGGUUGAGAUGGGAGACGAAAUAAGUCGGUUGGCUGUUUACGAACGAGAAUGUGAGAGGAAAGAUAGAUUGGUUGCUACACUUCGUGAUCAAGUUGCAAAACUAGAGAUUGACAAACAAAUUUGGAUCAUGGAUUCACAAAGAAGUUCAACUCCAACAACAAAUGGAACCAACCAUAAAGAAUCAAUGGAGGAUGAAAAAUCAGUAAAGCAAGACGUUGGGGAAAGAUUUGAAAUGAAAUUAAGUUCGAUUGAUGACUCUUUGCUCAGCGCACGGGAGCAUCUGGAUCAGAUCCGAACUGAACACGAUCUUCCUGUUCCGGAUAGGAGGUCACAGGAGGAGAUCAUAUUUGAUCUCAAAGAUGAGUUGGAAGAAAAGGAAAAGUUACUUGAAGAAACUAAACAGAAACUGGAAGACACAAGAAAGGAGCUCAACCUUUCAUCAGGACUCGUUCAGUCACUACAGAGGAAUGGCCACUCGAGGGAGCAAAAGAUAAAGAAGGUCACCGCGCAGUUGGAGAAAAGCAAACAAGAUUAUCACGAAGCUAAAGAACAAAUUCACGCUCUGUCAAAUAAAAUCGCGAAUCUUCGUGAAGAGAAGAAACACGAAGGAAUCGUGGGAGCGAUGGAGAAAGAGUUGAACGAGAUGAACAGUUUAUUGCAAGUUGCUCAAACAACAAAUGUUCGACAACAAGAAAAGUUGGAGAAGCAAGCGAGAGAUUUGAAGAAGUGCCAUCGACAAAAUAAACAAUUUAUAGAAAGUGGGAGAACGAGUCAACGACAAAUUGAUGAGUUUCAAAAGGAGUUGAGUGAUUUACAAAGAAAAGAACAAAGCGCGCGUGUUAUAAGCGAACAAACCGGAUCGAAAUAUGAAAGGUUGAGGUCACGUGUUGUGCAAGCUGUCUUCACUGCACCUGGUUCAACUAAACCAGAGAAUUCGUUGGCUGAUGCUGAAGUUUUGAAGUCAAUACAAAAGAUAAUUGACGACCGAAGUGAAUUCCAUCAACAACUCGUCGAUCUCGGUCACUCACCACCGCCCCUAGUG